AUAGAACAAACUAUCAUGUAUGUAACAAGGCGUUUAUCAGAGUAUCGGAAAAACCCGUCGGAACUUAAGAAGCCUCCACCGGAAGGUCCAAACUCCGGCGUACUUGUGAUUCAAGACGAAGAAUCGUUGACCACUUGUUGCUUUGGUUUGUGCAACGAGAUUUUCCUAAGAGGAUUACCGUUUCCACAGAACGCAGCGUUGACAGUUAGACGCGACGACGGUGGACAGAACAAUACUGUUCAUCGUGAUCCGGUUGUGUUCAUACCUGUUCUUGGUCAACCUCUAUCUUCUAACCGUUAUUACACAUAUGAACGAUGCGGGUAUUAUUCAAGAGAAUCAUCUACUAGUACUGAAAAAGAGGUGGAGAGAGUUACAUGCUGCUUCUGCAUUAGAUUUAACCAUGUUCAUAUGUAUAAGAAGCCACAACCAGAUCCUUAUGACAUUCACCAACAAGUAGUGAUCACAACAACCUCUUCGCCUUCCCGUUGUUACUACUUUGCGAAGCCUGUUGCUCCUAAUGCUCUACUACCUGCAUUUCUUAUGAGACAAGGCUGGACAAUAGAAAACUCGACUUCUACACUACAAGACUUUGGUCUCAUAGAUGACGCAAAAGGUCUUAACUUAGAGCUUCGUUCUAAGCUUCCCGGUCUUGAUAUAAGCGUUGUUGUAGGGAAAUGGUAUGUUCCUUUCAUAUUUGUGAAGGAAGGAGACAUAAUAGAUCAAGUGAAAAUAUCAAUGUAUUACAACAUGACGCUUCAUCAAAGAUGGGAAGAAGUUUUCUUCUAUGAGAAUGUUCACAAUGAAGAUUGUGUUGAGGUCGUUGUUGAUGUUGAUCUUGAACUCCAAGUGAUUAACAUUGAAGGACAGAAGGUUAGUAUAGAGACAACGAAUGUGGAUGCUAAAGGGAUUGUUUGGUUCCAAGUUAAAGACAAGAAGAUAGGUUUAAGGUCAGUGGUUGUGGAGAGGAUGGAAAGUGAAGAGGAGAGUUUCGGGUGGAAGAAGGUAGACGGAAACCGAGUGACGGUUAAGAGAUUGGAUCGGUUCGAAGGCGGUUCAUCGCAUUGGAAGAGUUAUAAAUGUUAUGUAUUGGUAGAGAGAUUUGAAUUGAAAAGAAUGGAUGAGAGUUUGGUGUUGACAUAUGAGUUUAGACAUGCUGAUAAGUUGAGGACUAUCCAAUAUUGACUUGUGAGCUUCUCUCUUUUAUUUAGUCUUCUGCUUUUACAUUGAUGUAAACUCUGUUUAAAAUGAAAAUAAAAAUGUCAUCUUUCAG